UUCUUCUUCUCCUUUCCUUCGUCAUGGAGGCACCAGUAGUAGACGCUGUAUACUUGAGGGAGAUCGACAAGACUCGUCGAGACCUUCGCGCUCUCAUCUCCAGCAAGAGCUGCGCUGCUAUCAUGCUCCGUUUAGCGUGGCAUGAUGCUGGAACUUACGAUGCCACGAGGAAGACUGGAGGUCCUAAUGGCUCAAUCAGGACUGAGAAGGAGUUGAAACAUGGUGCAAAUGCUGGUUUGGAAAUUGCAGUUAGAUUAUGUGAAAAAGUGAAGGCUAAACAUCCAAAAAUUACCUACGCUGACCUAUACCAGCUUGCUGGCAUUGUUGCAGUCGAGGUCACUGGAGGCCCCUCGAUUGACUUUGUUCCGGGCAGAAAGGAUUCAUUGGAAUCAGAUGAAGAAGGGCGCAUUCCAGAUGCCAGACAAGGUGCACAGCAUUUAAGGGACGUCUUUUAUCGCAUGGGUCUAUCUGACAAGGACAUUGUGGCAUUGUCUGGAGGCCACACAUUGGGAAAGGCACACAAGGAGAGAUCAGGAUUCGAAAGUCUACCUUGGACAACUGAUCCUUUGAAGUUCGAUAACUCAUAUUUUGUGGAGCUCAUGAAAAAAGGAGAUUCAGAGGGAUUAUUGAAACUCCCAACAGACAAGUCAUUAGUUGAAGAUCCUAAGUUUCGUCCCUAUGUUGAGCUAUAUGCAAAGGAUGAGGAUGCUUUCUUCACAGAUUAUGCGGCAUCACACAAGAAACUUUCAGAACUAGGCUUCACCCGACCGUCCUCCGGCCUAACGGGAGCUGCUAAGAGCAGUAAAAUAUUGGCACAAAGUGUUGUGGGAGCAGUUGCUGUAGCUGUGGUUAUCUUAAGUUAUUUUUACGAAAUUCACAGAAAAAUCAAGUGAAUAAGACCUGAUCUCUGUAGAAUUCUACAAAAUGGGUGAAGCAAUUCAUACAUGUUACUGAUUGUAACUACAGAAACACGACAAAAGUACAUUUGAAUCUCUU